UUUGAGUACUGGUUGCUCGUUUCUUGUAUUUUUAGUGAAUUUAAUUAGUAUUUGCUCCUAAAAAGUGUUAGAUUUUACACGUUAACUGAAUUUUUGUACGAAUAAGGCUCGAAAUCACUCAAGAAUCUUAAAAUUAAUCCCAAAUUAGUUCCUCAAGAUUCUGAUACGCAAAAAGACACAAAAUGGACCCAAAAAGCGAUCCAUCCCUCGAUUUGGAGCUAAAUCUCAAGUUUUUGAGUAACGAUUUAUGCCAAAUGGUAGACAAUAGCUUGAACGACCUCGAGAGUCCUACAUUCAGUUCGGAGCUAAGUCAUUCGUUGGACGAAUAUUGUCGCCAAAUCUAUCCGGAAGCGGAUUUCCCGGAAUUCUAUCCGAAAAAUUACAAACCGAAAGAUCAACGAACCGAAGAUUCGGGAUUUUUGAGUGCUUCAAAUAAUUUUUCCGACUAUAUGCCCGAAGUUGUGUCCAAUUUUGUUCCGGAACAGCCAAAAACAUCAACUUUUGUGCCUGAAAUGGUUCCUCAAAUGCCUUCGCAAGUGCCUCAAAUGACUUUACCGAUGAUUCCGUCGUGGCAUCCAACAUACGGAAACGUUUUAAUUGUUCCACAAAUUCAGGCAAAUCCGUAUUUCACUCCGAUUCAUAUCCCAAUGGUACCGCCAUCGCCUCUUUUGAUGCCACAACAAGCUAAUUUCGUGCAAUCGCAUCAUAUGAACUUCACAGGACGGAAUUUUAGCAAGAAAUAUCCGCGUCGCAGUCAGAAAGGAUUCACAGUUGUGCCUAAAAAAGAACCAGAAAAGAAAUUUGAGAACUUGGAUGAUGUCGUUAUCAAUUUGCGGGAACUCAAUAUUGGACCUCCAGAAUUAUACGAAUCAAAUCAAACGAAACUCAUGAACAACUUCACCGCCGCCUUACAAUUUCUUUCAAAUCUGGCAAACGAAUGUAUCGAAAUCGAAAGUUCCAUCCUCAAUGCCCUCGAACGCUCAACAAAUCUCGAUUUUACGAAAGAUGUUACCGGAUAUCAGUUCUCUCAUUACUUGCGAUGCAUCGUAAGUCACGCCAAACUUGAACAAAUCAACGCUAAAGUCGUCUUCAAGAGUCUCCAUGCCCAUUUUAUUGACAACUGCAAGGGAAAAAAGAACGGAAAAUUCAACAUUAACAAAAUGGGAAGUGCAUUAGUUGACGAAUUGCACCGAAAAACGGAAGCUUUUAACAAAUUAGGCACUUUGAACAUCAUGUGCGAUCGCGUUUUCGACGUCAAUGAGCAACCAGAAGAGCUUUCGCGUAUCACGGAGGCAACAAAUGACUUGAUCAAGGCAAUUCGGAAUGUCACAAUUUGCCUUUGGAGUCUCAAAGUGUUGUUCCGCAACAACGAAAUAAAGAACUUUUCCAUGAAAGUUCAAUGAAAAAGUGAAAUUUUGAAACCGCUGGAGGUGUUUUUUCAGAUUUUUUGAUAAUUUCUUAAAGUAAAAUGAUUUAAAUUAAAAUUUUGAUGAUAAAAAAACG